AUGUCGGCCAAUUCCAACUUUCUCGAUGUCAGUACACUCUCCGCUGAGGAUCUCCGUGUUUGUGUUUGUGCUGACGUGCUGACCCCACCCACCCACUCACCGCCUUCUCACCUCCGGCUGGGCCUCGAUCCCGGACACGCCGAUGAUGACGACGGCGACGACGGAUCGCUGCGACGACAACGAUCGACGACAACGACGAUACGGUCCACGGUCCGCGGUUCACCCGCACAGAAAGCAUGCGAGCUGGUCAAGCAGGCGAUCGACGCCGAUGUCAAGCAGGAAUGGGCCGAGGCGUUCAAGCUCUACAAGUACGUAUGUCGCCGAUGGGCCAGUCGAUCAACUUGGCCGUUCAGCACUGUGGAAUCUGGACAAGAGGUCCUUAUCCAGCUUAAUCAUACGUAGUGACUGAUACUACUCCACUUUUAUCUCUCUAGAAACUCCCUCGACUACUUCAACAUGGCUUACAAAUGUGAGCCCAAGGCCGAAUCGAGUCUCUCCCCCACGUUCUGCACGUACUCACACCACUCCCCUCCCAAUCUACCCAACCUCCAGACGAGAAGAACCCCAAGUUACGCGACCUGAUCCGAUCCAAAGUAGAGGAAUACCUUGACCGCGCCGAGAAGCUCAAGGAUCAUAUCCAGUCAACCGAGGACAAGCGCCAAAAGACCGCCGUCGGGAACAAUGGCAAGGCCCAUACCUCGAGUGGUGGGGGAGCGCAAAAGCAGGUUCUGUGCACAUCUCUCUCUUCUCCAGUACGGUUUCUGACAUCUUUGAACUGUUGAUACUACAGGAAAGGAGGAGGGGGCGAUGACGACGAUGCCGACACAAAGAAACUGCGAGAGGGCCUGUCGAGUUAGUCUCGAGAUUCAAGAAUGACACUGCACGAACGAGUGCUUACUUGAUCUUUCCCUCUCGACCGCAGGCGCUAUCUUAUCCGAGACACCGAACGUGCGAUGGGAGGACGUGGCCGGGCUGGACGCGGCCAAAGAGUCGCUCAAGGAAGCCGUGAUCCUGCCCAUCAAGUUCCCCUACCUUUUCACCGGCAAGCGAACACCGUGGCGAGGAAUCCUCCUGUACGGACCUCCAGGGACUGGUAAAUCAUAUCUCGCCAAAGCCGUCGCCACAGAAGCCAAGAGUACCUUCUUCAGUGUCAGUUCGUCCGAUUUGGUCUCGAAAUGGAUGGGUGAAUCCGAACGGUACGUGGUCCCCUUUCAUAUAGUGCCCACCAAUUACUCCGGUCAUUGAGAUCAUACUCCGACACAGACUUGUGAAGCAGCUCUUUCAAAUGGCACGCGAAAACAAGCCAGCAAUCAUCUUUGUCGACGAAAUCGAUUCUCUGUGCGGCACGCGUGGCGAAGGUGAAUCUGAGGCCUCGAGGCGUAUUAAGACCGAGUUUUUAGUCCAGAUGAACGGCGUCGGGAACGAGAUGCAAGGUGUGCUCGUUUUAGGAGCGACCAACAUCCCUUGGGCUUUGGAUAUCGCCAUCAAGCGACGGUGAGUGAACCAGUGAACAUUGUUCCAGAGCACGAGAGUCGAGCUGACCAGUCUGCGCCUCCGCCAGAUUCGAAAAACGUAUCUACAUCCCAUUACCCGAACCGGACGCACGGAAACGCAUGUUCGAACUCAACGUCGGUACGACGCCUUGCACCUUGACGCAACAAGAGUACCGGACGUUGGCCUCCAAGACGGACGGAUACUCGGGAUCGGAUUUGGCCGUCGUCGUGAGGGAUGCGUUGAUGCAGCCUGUGAGGAAGGUGUUGAGUGCGACGCAUUUCAAAGAGGUACGAGAUGGGUCACUUUGAGUUCAGGAAAGAGUCGUGGUGCUGACAACUUUGCCUGGACGUCCAUACUUGUUCAAGGUCGAGGUCCCUGAUCCGGAAGAUCCCUCUAAAAUGAUCAAAAAGUUGACGCCUUGUUCACCUGGGGAUGCUGGAGCGGCUGAAAAGACAUGGAGUGACGUCUCUUCGGACGAAUUGCUUGAACCGCCACUGUGAGUUGUGAAGAGAUGUGAUUCCAAUUCUUCACGCCUCGAGUCUUCUUACUCAGCCAGAAAUCGCUCUUUAACAGUGGAUACAACGACUUCAUCCGAGCGGUGCAAUCCGCCCGACCCACGGUGACCAAGGAUGAUAUUGUAAGGCAUCUCGAAUUUGCCAAUGAUGCCGGAAGCGAAGUCAGUACUCUGUUUGAGCGACAUCUCGGUUGA